UAUGGGACAUUUGUUUGUCAGAGGGAAAUCUGAUCUGAGACUGUUGUUGAGUUGAGUUGAGUACAUACAUGGUGGGAAAGGGUUUUGGAAUUUGAGAUAUGCAGGCGAUCGGCGGCGGCGGCGACGGUGGAGAGAGGAGGCGGCGGCUGCACAACCACCAUGCGGUAAAGUGUCCGCGCUGUGACUCGCUCAACACCAAAUUUUGCUACUAUAAUAACUACAAUCUGUCGCAGCCGCGCCACUUCUGCAAGAGCUGCCGGCGGUACUGGACAAACGGCGGCGUCCUCCGCAACGUACCUGUCGGCGGAGGAUGCCGGAAGAACAAGCGUUCCAAGUGUAAGACCGUUACUGCUAUAGAUUCCGCCAUAGAAUUAACCAAAUCGACAAGUAAGCCUGAUAACUCCAGCUUAACCGCCACGGCAGCGGCGGCGGUUUUUGGAGCAAAUGGCAGCUUCGAUCGCCAGCCGCCGGAGAACGGCGGCGAGAUUCUGGCGACUGAGAUCGGAAGCUUCUCAAGCCUUAUGGCCUCGUCGGAAGAGGUUAUUGAUUUCUUAGUCGGCGACAUUCAAACGCAGUUGGAGCCUGCAAAUAAGGCAUCGGUGGUGGAGAAUACUGUUGCGGCGGCGGCGGAUGAGGAGCUAGCGGCGGCGCUGGUAUGGGGAGACGACGGCGGUGGCCGCGAUCAAGGGCAGUUUGAUCUAACAGCUGGCGUUGAUCCAUCAUACUGGAGUCAACACCACUGGAUCAUCAAUGAUCAGCCCCUUGGUUACUUCCCCUAGAUUUCAUUUAAUUGCAGUAACACCCUGCUUUUUUUUUUUUCUUUUUUCUUUUUAAUUUAUUGUUUUAUUUUACACUCCACACACUAAUAUAUAUUCACAUUAUGAUUUCUUACAUACAUAAUUUUACUGUGUUUUUGGUAAAAUUGGUUAUAACUCCCACGUGGUUUUAAAAUUCAGCGUAAAAUCUUCUUAUACUUUAAAAAUUGCAUGAUACCCUUAUAUUUUAAAAAACGUUGCAUUAAAUCUUACCAUCAUGAAACUUUCCUCUUGUGAUAAGAAGAUAAGAUGAUUUUCUAUCUAUAUGUCUUGCAUGGCAGGGGGUUUUAUGUAAUAUUUUUGAAAGUAUAAGUGAGCGUCAUACAAUUUUUUAAAGUAAAAUGGGAAUUUAUGCUGAGUUUCGAAACCACGAAGUAGUUUUAUGCAAUAUUUUUUUAAAGUAUAAGGGGACAUCAUGUAAUUUUUAUUUUUAAAGUAGAGAGGAAUUUACGUUGAGUUUCGAAAAGGGACAAUUUUGCCUGUUUUUUACUUAC